AUACUUUACCAGAUCCCAUGGUCAUCUCUUUCUUGGUCUUUGCAUAGAGUUGCUUAGUUGCUGUGGUAUUUUUAGGCCUUUUUUAUUUCCAUGUUGCUGAGAGGCUGGGCUUCAUCAUACCACAUCGGGUAGGUCUGGACCCCUUACCCAUGAGGCUGCUGUAAAAUGAAGCCACAGGAUGCGGCUUUCCUCAUGAGAGAGGGUCUGAGACCCCAGAGGAGAAGGGUGGAUCCCGGACGAGCCCUGAGAAUUGUUACAAGUAAAAUUUUGAUACCGCAAAAGAAAUAGUACUCAAAAAUGUGUCUUCUCAACAAGGCAGUUUACUUCUAUAGAAGGGUGUGGGGUGCACGGACAGAGCAGUGAUGGCCACCACAUGCUUGGACAAGAGGGGAGGGGGUACUUAUGCCUGACGGGGCAUCCUUACUGCUGUGUCAUCCCCUAUUAGUUACGGUUAGACCACACAAACUAGACUAAUCCCGACUGGCUAUUUUAAAAAGAGCAGGGGUCUGAGCUGGAGUGGCAGGGUGGGUGUUUUGGCAGAAAGGACGGUUAUGGGUGUGUCAGAGCUGGUAGCCAGAGGUUACUGGAGAUGAGUCAGGAUGGAGCUGGGGAUGUGAAGUGCUGAUGAACCGGUGGAGAAGGUUGUUUACUGGAAUGACAAGAAGUUUAAAAUAGAGAUUUAAAGAAUAAGAGAACUGAACAUACUGACAUACUGAUUCUUUGAAGAGAAACUAUAACGAAUGGAUAGCCUUGCAAUUACAUUUUGAGGACUAAAGAUUUAGACAUUGUCAUCUUCAAUUCUAGGUAGUGUGAGUAACUGGAAAUAGCCAUGAAUUGAAGCGAGAAAAUUUUAGCUCAAGUCUUCCUCAUUAUUUCCCUUUUUUUUUCCUUAGACAGUCUCACUCUGUUGCCCAGUCUGGAGGGCAGUGGUGGGACCUCAGCUCACUGCAAUCUCCACCUCCUGGGUUCAAGCGAUUCUCCUGCUUCAGCCUCCCAAGUAGUUGGGAUUACAGGCACGUGCCACCACACCUGGCUAAUUUUGUUGACUUAACGUAUUUCCAGGACCAUGUUAGCUGUUUACCUAACAGUUUUCUACCAUCACAUUCCCUGUGGAUAGAGUCUGUACCUUAUUUAUCUUCCUUUCCUUAACUGUCUAGUGUAGUGUCUUAUACAUAGUGCGUAUGUAAGAAAAUGUUUGCUAUACAGAAAACAAGAAAUAUUUACAAUACAAAUGAGUUCAAUGUUUGAAUCUUUCUGUCGCCUCUCUUGGAGUUGCAUAAUCAUUGCCAAAUAUGUUCUCAUUAACACAGUCCUUAAGUUACCAUCCAGUCAGGAGUUUAACCUUUACCUUGUGGGAGAAUAAUCCAGAACCCGCUUUCCUUUACCUAGAAACUUUUUAUGGCUUUUUAGAGUUUUAGACUCUUUCUACUUGUGCUAUAUUUAUACAAAAGAUUAUUUAAUCUACAUAUAUUUUGUUGAUUUAUAAAGCCCAAUGAGGGUUUUUUUCUUUCAGUGUCUUUGGAAAUCCUGCGGCAUCACUCCAGUUUGCCAUGAUUUCUCAGACACCCACUGGCAGCUAGCCAGAGGAAAAGUGUUCCUGUUCUAAGACCGGAGCUACUUUGGAGCUGAAAUUUUAUUUUACUAAUACAUGUGUUAAAUUGCCAUCAAACAUUUUAUCAUCUCAUGUUUGGAUGAUUUUCCAGUUAUCUAUUGUGUGAAACCAUAAAAAAAAAGUUGGUUUAAGAGGAGGUAGAGCAGUUACAUAUGAUCUUGAUCAAGUCUGUUUUGAUUAUAAAUAACAGCUUCUAUUUAAAUUAGCUUAAACUCAAAGGGAGGAUUUACUGGAAGACCACCAGGAUAUGUCAUGAAACCAAGAAAGGAAAUACGCCAGCCUAUCUAGUAAUUAGAACAAAGCACUUGGAAAAGGUCUAGGAACCAAGACAACUACUCUUGGUCCCUGGCUUUCAACUCUUCCUGUCUCCGACACUUUUUUUGACCCUCCUCCUGCUUAGGGCUGUAAAAUCUCUUGCCUCAGCUUCUGUCUACCAGCACCAUUUUCUCUACAUUACCAGCCUUCUCUACUUUUUUAUAUUUCUUGGGAAAAGGCCUCUGCCCAGCCUUUCUCCUCAAUUUAAGCCUUAGCAGAGAUUGACUAGAGCCCGUAUGUCACAAUUGCAAAUCCCUGAGGAAAAGACUGGCUGACCCAUUUUGGGUGAGCUUUUCAAUCCUGGUCCAGGUAGCUUACUUGUGGGUACAGAAUCUGGGCGCCACCACUCAAGAGAGAGCAGAUUCUCUAAGAAUGAGGCUUAAGAGCUGGGAGAAAAUAACUGACAGUAUAACAAAGGAAUGGACAGAUCACAGACCAUGCUUUUCUUUCUUUUCUUGUUAACACCUGCUAAAUAGCAAGCCAUUUUGCCUUGAGACAUUUUAACAUCUUGAGAUUCUCACAGUAGGGAGUAGAAGCUGAGAGCAAGUAUUUGGUCCUGGCAUAGGGCAAUGAGUACUUCCAGAAGGAGAAUUACACCUUUCACAAUGUAUUGUACUCACCAACUCUUGUGGGAAAAUAAUCACUUUGGAGAAAAACCUACUUUGAGCCUCUAUUAAAAGAGGCAGCCCCUCUUAUACUUUGAGGGGGUCUGGAAUGAUGAGUUGAGGUUUAAAGCAAUAUCUGCCUAACUUUUACUCUCUGAGAACCUGUCUUUUCUGCGUGAGUGGCCUAUUUGAAAUAAGUAAAUAUUAGGGCAACAGCAGAAGUCUCAUAUUAAAAACAAAACAUUAUCCUGUUCACUGGGUAAAGGGUGAGGGGGCGUUUGAAAAUAUCUGAGCAGCACUAAUGUCACAGUUGUUCCUCUUAGGGAGCAGAACUCAAAUAUAAAACUGCUCGAUUUCAUGAGUUCGUAGCAAGAACCUGAUAGGUAUAUGAAAAGCAGCUCUAUCUUAUAGUGUAUAGAACAAAUGUCAGACGAGGAAAAGUGUUGUGUGGUCGUCUUUUCCUUUGAAAGAGGAAGGGAAAGGGAGAGAGAGAUUUCAAAUCUACCUACAUUGUCAGGAAACAUUUUAAGAGGAUAUUUAAAUGCUUCGAUUGAUGUUGCAGCUUAAGUCCGGUCUAUGGCAAAUGCUUAAUUUUGUGAAGAAAAAAUAGGAAGAGUUCUUUCAUUUACUGGGCUUGGAGAGUUAUAAUUCACAUACCCAGUACUAAUAAUUGCUAGUCUUUAAUGGAGCUUGAAUAGUGAUACUAUGAAUUUUCAUCUCUUCUUCUAAGGGUGAAAUAUCAGGAGCUUAGCCUGUAACUAUACUAGUUUGCAAAAAAACAAAAACAAAACCCUGAUAUUUCUGAGGCCCGACUUCUGGACCAGGACAAAUUCUCCAGUUGUGUGUCCUUUGUAUUUUCCGUAGUUUAAAGUUUUAGGACAUUGUGAUACUAUGGCUAACAAUGUACCCUACUGUGUGAUGAAAUAUAAGCAAGAGAUAUUCAUAUAUAAUGCUGUACGAGACUUGCUUAUCUGUUAGAGCCAAACCUCCUGUGGCCCUUCCCUACCCCUUGAAAUUCUCAAAUAGCUCUAAAUCACCUGAGCCACAUAGAGUAACUGCCUUUGAUUACAUUUACAAAAUUGGAACUUUGAACUAGGGAAAGGAAAAUGUAAAAAAAAAAAAAAAAAAGGGAAUCUGUCCUUUUCCCUCCUGCAAAAGAGAACCACUUCUAUUUUACUCAUUUUAGACCAGUAAUUUCCUUAAUUGCAAAUAGACUAUUGUGCGUUUAUUAUAGAAAUUAGCCUUCAUACAUCCCACAGUAACACAAAGUACUGACACCUUUUCAGCACAUCGUUCUGCAAAGUGCAGAACUGCUUGAGGCAUUUGCUCAGUGUGAAGGUAGAAUUUGCCACUUGGAUUUUGUCUUCUUUUAAAGGGCUUCAUGAAAAAUAGAAGAUAGGGUUCUAGAAAUAUACCCAUGUAACUUACACAUUAAGUGAACUGAAGAGUUGUCAUUAGUUACACGAAAUCGAUACAGUGCUUAUGCAGGCAGAGGUUUGGAAAAGGUGGAUCACCAAAACCUGUCAGUGGGAGUUUGCUUGGAAAUAGACUCAAAAUGUUCUGGUGCCAUUUUCUCCCUUUAAUUCUAGGUCGUAUUUUGACUUUUUUUUUUUUUGGUCUUUACUCAUAUCUCUCUUACUGUAUACCUGUAUUGUCUCUUCCAUCCAUAUUUUUUCACAGCCAUUUUUCCAGCAUUGAGUAGAGCUUUUAGUGGCUGCCCUUGAAGAUGCUUGUUUAAGGAAGUCAAAGACAAGGGAAGUCUCAGUCUAAAGUAAAGACUAGAAGUAAGCUCAGUGACCCUCAAAGGACUGACUAAAGCCGUUAGUCACUCUUCCUCCUAGCUCAUAGUAUGUCAAGGUUAAUCAUUUAUAAGGGAGGUUGCAUUUAGCAUCCCCAAACCUGUGGAGUACUAUGGAAUGAAGAAGGUAAGUCGUUGAGGAGAAUUAUUCCUAUGGAUUAUGAGAAGGCAGUAGUACGUAUCUACUGUCUUAUGUUAAAACGUAACUAGUACCUUUCCAGUUUCUGUCAGUGUCACUGGUAAGAAAACAUUUCCUUGCUUGGUGCCGUGGCUCACACCUGUAAUCUCAGCACUUUGGGAGGUCAAGGCAGGUGGAUCACGAGGUCAGGAGUCCAAGACCAGUCUGGCCAAGAUGGUCAUCUCUACUAAAAAUACAAAAAAAAUUAGCCUGGCAUGGUGGCAGGUGCCUGUAAUCCCAGCUACUCUGGAGGCUGAGGCAGAGGAUUGCUUGAACCUGGGAGGCAGAGAUUGCAGUGAGCAGAGAUCGCACCACUGCACUCCAGCCUGGGUGACAGAGCAAGACUCUGACUAAAAAAAAUAAAAUAAAAAGAAAACAUUUCCUUAAGUUCCAGUAACCAAACUAUCUAUAUAAAGAUAACUCAUUGUGCAUACUAUCAAAAUAGUAAUCUAGUUGCUUAGCUAAGCGCUUUCGUAUUUGUAGAAUGUAACUUAUUUAUAAGUGUGCUUAGAACAAAAACCAAUAAAAAGAUCAAUUUUUAACAUUUGUGACCAGUUAUAUUGUCAUUUUCUUUCUACAAAAGUAAUUUAUAGCCACUAAAAGAGUUCGUCAGCUCCGCAUGAUUCUGCAUUCUUGUGCUUUUGGCAAUCUAAAACACUUUUAGCAUUUUUCUCUUUCUUUGUACUUCAUAUUGCCUUAAGGUCAGCCUGUAUGUAACUUUUUCUACAUUAGUGAUAAUGCAAGGAGAUGAAGUGUUCACUAACAAAACACUACACAUCAGCUGUGUUUGGAGCUAGCACUAUGCUGGGUAAUUUGAGGGCCAAAGAAUUAUAAAUAUGAUCUCUGCCCUUCAGGACACUAGAGUGUCAUUGGAAGGAAAAUGUAAUGUUUACUGAGCUUACAGUAUAUUCAUGGUAGGACAGUAAGGUUAAUGGUAGGAUGAUAAGGGUAAGCAACUGUAGCACAAGUUAAAACGGUAGAAUGUUAUGUAUAUUUUUAAGAUACUUAUAAAAUGAUGAGGAAGUUCUGAAAGAAAAAAACGGUUUCUAAUUUUGGGAAAGAGACAAGGUUUUAUGGAGACAGUGGCAUGUAUGGGGCUGAGUUUUAAAAAGGGACUAUGACUUAUUUGGACAUAUAAAAAUGGAAGAGUAAGGAAAGCUUUCCAAGUACAAAAAAUAAACCAAGGCCCAGAGGCUGCUAUGUCUCUGUUUAUGCAUUUAUUAAAGGGAUAUUCUUGAGCAUCCCACUUGGGUUAAGUACUAUUCUAAGCUAAGUCUUGAGGAUACAGUAGUGAAAAAUAUAGGCACAGCUCCUCGUUUAUAUAUAUGUAUUUGGAGAUGGAGUGUUGCUCUGUCACCCAGGCUGAAGUGCAGUGGUGUCAUCACAGCUCUUUGCAGCCUCAACCUUCUGGCCUCGAGAGAUUCUCCCACUUCAGCUUCCUGCGUAGCUGGGAGCGUAGGCAUACACCACUAUGCCCAACUUAUUUUUUUUUAUUUUUUGUAAACAUGGGUUCUCCCUAUGUUGCCCAGGCUGGUCUCAAACUUUUGGCCUCAUGUAAUCCUCCUGCCUCAGCCUCCCAAAGUGCUGAGAUUACAGGUGUGAGCCACCAUGCCCAGGUCUAAUUAAUUUUCUAAAAGGAAGGUAACCUGAGAUUUUAUUUUUAAAUACUCCCAUGGACCUGAAUAUUGAAGUAAUGGGACUGUAGUGCUAAAUGUUGAAAAUAGGCCCAGGCCUAGAGUCAGAAUAGGGACCAAAGAAAGUUUAGAUAUCUGGCAAUUUGGGGAAGAUGAGGUGGGAGAACUGCUUGAGCUGAGGAGUUCGAGAUCAACCUGAGCAACCUAGUAGGACCCUCUAUCAACAAAAAGUUAAAAAUUAGCUAGGUGUGAUGGCACACAUCUAUAAGUCCCAGCUACUCAGGAGGCUGAGGUGGGAGUAUUGCUUGAGCCUGGGAAGUCAAGGCUGCAAUGAGCUAUAAUCCACGCUACUGCGCUCUAGCCUGGGUGAUAGAGUGAGACCCAAACAAUUAACACACAGUAGUUCUUGCCUUCAAAUAGCCUUCUGUUAGUCGACAAGACAGGCACAUGUAUAAAGGAAGUGUAAUGGGAGUGGGGCAGGAUUGUCAGGAAGGGGAUCACUGUACUUGGGUAACCUCAUUUUUUGUUUUUCAUUCCUUCUAAAUGCCUGCUACAACCUUCUUGACUUUUUAGUUGUUAAUUGUUCAGGUGUGUUUUAAGAAGAAUCAGGUAUCUUUUCUUAGGUUUUGAUAGAUUUUGAAAUUCAAUAGAUAUUCCAUCUUCGUAUCUUAAAUUAUAGGAACUAUAGUACUAAGGAAGGUGGGAAAAUGUCAGAUACUGGGUUUUUUAAUCUCAUUAAUUUACCAGCUGAAUAAAGUUAGUCUGUUAGUAACUCAGCUAAGCUGAAUUCCUCUUUUUGGAAAGAGAAAGGACUUUACCCCCUGCCCCACCUCUAAUGUACAACACGCUUUUACGAGUUUGUGUCUUGGACUGGGCGCAGUGGCUCAUGUGCCCAGCACUUUAGGUGGCCAAGGUGUUACCAGAUGGAAAGUCUUGACUGCAAGUUGUCCAAGUUCUUGGCACAUUGGGUAUAGAAUUGGACAAAACAUGCAAAGCAACGUAAGACAAAGGCAUAGAUUUAUUGAAGCACAAGUACACUCCAGAGUGGGAGCAGGCUUCAGUAGGUGGCUCAAGAGCCCUGGUUGUAAUAUUCCUUGGGGGUUUUAUUGAAUUAAAAGAGCAUGGUAGGCCAGGUAUGCUGGCUCAUGCCGGUAAUGCCAGCACUUUGGGAGGCCGGGACAGGUGGAUCACUUGAGGUCAGAAGAUGGAGGCCAGCCUGGCCAACAUGAUGAAACCGUGACUCUACUAAAAAUACAAAAAUUAGCUGGGCGUGGUGGCAGGUGUCUGCAUUCCCAGCUACUCUGAAGGCUGAGGCAGGAGAAUCACUUGAAACUGGGAAGCGGAGUUUGCUUUGAACCAAGGUCACACCAUUACACUCCAGCCCGGGCGACAAGAGCAAAACUCUGUAUCAACAACAACAAACAAAGAACAUGGUAACACCCCUAAGUACCUUUAGAGGCCUCUGAUAGGUUAUGCCCUAUGGAAAUGAAGGAUCUGCCCCCAACCAAUGAGAGGCAGGAUUUAGCCCAGAACCAGUCAGAAGCAGGAUUCUGCCCAGGACCAAUCAGAGGAUGCUUUCCUAUGGCAUAUAUGCAAAUGAAGGUUCCAGAAUGGACCAAAACCAGAUAGUCCCAUUCCUGACAUAGGGGAGAGAAGGUUUGGAGAGAGAUGAGCCUUUGGCCCCUUAUUACUUGGUCAUGGACAGGCGAAGGUCUCCCACAGGUGUAUUACUUUGGGCCAUGUGGGAAGUAUAAUGCCAUGGUGCUGGAGCUCCUCGGCCCUAGCUUGGAAGACCUGUUUGACCUCUGUGACCGAACAUUUACCUUGAAGACCGUGUUGAUGAUAGCCAUCCAGUUGCUUUCUCGAAUGGAAUAUGUGCACUCAAAGAACCUCAUCUACCGAGAUGUCAAGCCAGAGAACUUCCUGAUUGGCCGACAAGGCAAUAAGAAAGAACGUGUAAUACACAUUAUAGACUUUGGACUAGCCAAGGAAUACAUUGACCCUGAAACCAAAAAACACAUACCUUAUAGGGAACACAAAAGUUUAACUGGAACUGCAAGAUACAUGUCUAUCAACACGCAUCUUGGCAAAGAGCAAAGCCGGAGAGAUGAUUUGGAAGCCCUAGGCCAUAUGUUCAUGUAUUUCCUUCGAGGCAGCCUCCCUUGGCAAGGACUCAAGGCUGAAACAUUAAAAGAGAGAUAUCAAAAAAUUGGUGACACCAAAAGGAAUACUCCCAUUGAAGCUCUCUGUGAGAACUUUCCAGAGGAGAUGGCAACCUACCUUCGAUAUGUCAGGCGAUUAGACUUCUUUGAAAAACCUGAUUAUGAGUAUUUACGGACCCUCUUCACAGACCUCUUUGAAAGGAAAGGCUACACCUUUGACCACGCCUAUGAUUGGGUUGGGAGACCUAUUCCUACUCCAGUAGGGUCAGUUCAUGUAGAUUCUGGUGCAUCUGCAAUAACUCGAGAAAGCCACACACACCGGGAUCGGCCAUCACAACAGCAGCCUCUUCGAAAUCAGAAUGCAUCAUCAGAGCGCCGAGGAGAGUGGGAAAUUCAGCCCAGCCGGCAGACCAAUACCUCAUACCUGACGUCUCACUUGGCUGCAGACCGCCAUGGGGGAUCAGUGCAGGUGGUUAGCUCAACCAAUGGAGAGUUGAAUGUUGAUGAUCCCACGGGAGCCCACUCCAAUGCACCAAUCACAGCUCACGCCGAGGUCGAGGUAGUGGAGGAAGCUAAAUGUAUAAUGUUUCAUAAACCCUGGCACUGGUCGCAAAGCUCGGCUGUGAAAAUGAAAUUUGUAGUAUUUUUAAACAUGAAUGUCAAUUUCAAGUGUAUUUGAAAUGGUUCCUCCAGGAGAGAGAUUUGUGCACCGUUAGGAAAAUCUUCUCUGCAGAGGAAGUAGCCUGCUUUGGAGAAAAUGGAAAAUGGGUUCUGAUAUGUUAUCUCAAAAUAGCCCAUUUCCUAGGGCACCAAGGAAAACACAAAUGUGAUCUUUAAGUAUACCUCUUCCCCAGUUUGGGGAGGAAAGGACUCAGUUUGCACCCUUUUUGUAUGUAAAAUAAAAUGUCUUAACUUUCUUGGCUA